AUGCUAGAUGACUUAUGUAUAGCCUUGAUCUACCAGGAAGGCGACGAGAAGUUGCUCGAAACUUUGUACGAGAUCUUUGUCUACAUAGAUGCCAACAGACUCGCCCGUUUCACCGUGGAGUAUUCCAUGAGCGCCAAAGAAGAAAGCGACGAUAUUUGGGGAAUCAUCCCAAUAGAUAGUGGAAUCGACCAGAAGUAUAACUACUUAAAGUCAUCGUUACACGAGUUCGAUCUAUCACAGCAGCAGGAUUCCAAAAGCAGCGAUAUCAAGGCAGCAAUCAACGAAAAGUUAAAAUUCCUCGAACCCAUAAAAACCGAUUACCAGAAUCAAAUUAGAUCGUCAAAAUUGCUAAGAGAAGUGCAACUCAAGCUUUCAGCUAAGGAGGGAACAUUGAGCUGGCUCUCAAUAAUCGAAAAAAUUAACGGAGAACUAAAGCUGAUCCAGGAUGAACACAAGAUAGAAGAAGUAAAUCGAACAAAAUUGAGAUAUGUAGAGCCAUAUCUUCUUACCGAGAACCCAAUUGAGAGGUUGACAUUCUCUUUGCCUCCAAUAUUAAAUGACUCCGAAGAUGAAUCAGAUGUGUUCGACGACGCUAUGGAGAACAUAGACGAGAAUACAUCUAAACAGGAUGAUUCUACUGCUCCUGAAUCAGAAAAGAAGGAAAAUGGCAACGACAAACCCAAACAAGAUGACGACUCCCUUAAAAAUGUUGCUAUUCAUAGAUCCUCCAAGAGACUUGCUAAGUCUGAUUCAGCAGUAGAAAUUCCCGAGUUGGAAAUCGUGCAUCUGCACUUCAUCGAAACUAUAAAAUUCUUUGAGAAUUUAAAUCACUACCUUCAGAAACUCAGCAAGGACAAACGAAAGUUUGUAUUGUCUGAUAUCGUAAAAGUUUACGUUGCGGAUGCUAACGAAUCGUCCAGAAAGAGAAUACCGCAGUAUGUAAACGAUUUUGUGGAAGUAAUCAGUGAUUGGGAUACCAAAUCCUAUACAAGGGCUCUAUUCUACAACGAUGAAUCCUCUGGACCUCAGAACACCUCGGAUGACGAGAAAGUAAGGCUAGUAGAGGUUCUUAAUGAUUUUGGCAAGAAAUCCAAAUUCAAAUUAUCUAAAUCUGAACUUCCAAGAAUAGAAGAAAUAGAAGUCAAAGAAAGGAUCAAAGAUCUUUUAACGAACAUUAACGAGGGAAAUAACAGCUACGGGGACGUGAAACUCUUCAUACUCAGAAGACUCUUGGGUGUAAUACAGGAAGCAUCAAAUUCAGAAUACUACAGCUUAAUUUUGGAUUCUACAUGGUCUCCAAAACUUAUUUCUCGAGUGAAAGAAUGGGUCAUACAAUUUGAAUCCAUAAUACUAAGUACCCUAAAGAUUGCAAACCAGGAGAUCAAUUACUACGAGAAUCUUUCACUUGCAAUUUCAAUUCACGAGAUUUUGGUAGAUGUUAUGCUCACGCUAAGAUCACAGAUAGCAGAUGCCAUAUCAAGUUUGGUUAAGAAGCAAACACUGAAGGCAGCCAAAACAGGACCUAAUAACCUAAGCAUGGAAUUAAUCAAAAUCAACGACAAAUUAGAGAAAUGGGGAGAAUAUAUCAACGACUUGUUCCUUAGAGAAAGCAAGUCCGGUUACCAAAAGAAAUUACACUUACACUUGGAGUGUAGAUUCAGAUGGAGUUUAUUUCAAAGAGAAAAAUGCAAAAAUUCUACUAUCGCAGAAACUUCGUUUAUAGUAGAAAGUUUAGAAAGGUUGUUGAGAUACAUCGAGAAAAUGAAAAUCAAAAUAUCCAUAUACUACCCUAACCAUGAGAACCUUAUUCCAUUGAAUACUGGAAGUAUCAGAGCUCAAUUGACUACAACCUCAGUCAUUUCGAUUUUUUCUAGAAUUUUGUAUUCGGAUUCAGAUAAGAACAAUACUGAGGCAAUUGAUCUUUUCCAGGGUAUUCUAAUAACAGAGAAAAGAAGAGGAAGACAACAUAGAAAUUCUGUUCCAGUCAAGAAUGACAUUGUUGAUCUGGAAGCAUUGGAGCCCAUAAAAGAAUUCUUGAACACCUCGCCUGUGGAUAUGAAGUUAAACCUUUGGACUAUACUAUUCCUGUAUUAUUCAUUUAAUGACAAAAAGGAGUUAUUACAAUUUGGAUUCGAAAAAAAUUUGGAAUUCAUAGAAUCAUACCUUACCGGCAGGGAUUAUAAUGAUCUUGAUGACAUGCAACGUUUGAGUACACUAAUAAGAAUUAUUGGAUUCUAUGGGGAAAAGCUAAGCAUUUAUUUGCAGACUUUGGAAUCAUUGAAAUGGAAUUUGCCAGUCACGGAAGGCAAGCAAAUCGAAGAUACAUUGGCGAGAUUGCUCAGAAUGUUCGAAAUGCUUUAUAUUUUUAGUGUCCAUGAAGAAGCCUGUGUAAUUUCUUCCUUGAAAAUCUCAAUUCAGCGAAAGUCGAUGACAUCAUUCCAGCGUUUGAAAGACAUUUUAAUUGCUACUAUAACCCUAAUUCUAAUCUAUUAUAAGGCAAUUCUUACACCCAAACCAAAUGAAGGAAUAUCCCAGAUUAACCAAGAAUUGGCUGACUUGAUUUCUCUUUCUCAUGACCAGUUGGGAGUCCGCAACCUUUGCGAUAGUUCCGAAGGUGUAUUCCUCAGAUUUAUUCAUCAGACUCUUGGCCAGCUUGGGUGUGCAUCAGAUAAGGACUUUGCACAAUUAAUUUCCUGCCGCUACCAUUACAGUAUCAAUAUUGGCAACUUCUCUCCUAAAGACCACGGAACCAAAGACAAGGACGAAUUGGAUUUAAACGCAACACGAGAACUAGCUAAUUUUGUUCUUCCAUUAUGUUUCAAGAAGAAUCCAUUAGUGAAUAUACCAAAGCACGAGACGAAAACUCUCAUUGACGAGAUAUAUUUGGUGGUAGGCGAACCGAAUUUUGAAGCUAGUGAAGUUCUUAGCCGAAAUGAUGCUUGCCUUGAUUAUUUUUUGGAAACCACAAGAAUUACUCCAAGGUUCUUGCGUGAUGCAUUUCAUGGUUUAAUUACGACUGAUUUUGAAGAGCCUAAUUUGGACAGUAAGUUAAUUAAAGAGGGCUUGUACUAUCUUCAAGGAUUAUUGAUAUUUUCGUCGUAUAAGGUUAGAAAAAAGAAUAUGCAAAGUAGAGCUGUGGAGUUGGAAAAUGUCAUUAUGUUGUUAAGAAAUGAUUUAAUCUUCUGUACGAACAGAACGGAAAGCUGGUACUUGUUGGGCCAAGCUUUUGGAUUUUUGGUUGAAGACGAUUUGAUCUGGACUUCCGACAAACUCACUGUCGCAGACCGUAAAGUAGGCACGGCCAACAUCCAAAGGAAAUCAUUGAUCUGCUAUUUGAUGGCUAUCAAUGGAACUGUGCAUUCAAAAACAGAGGAAGAGAGACACUUAAUUAAGCCUAUUAUAGAGGGUCUCAUGUCGUCUUUUGCAAAGGAAAUGUACAGUGCUUGUAUGGAACCCAUGAGUAUGCAUGCAUUUAAGGUUCAAGGAAUCCCCAAAUUCAUCAGAAAACCCUCUGGUGCUUCAUUUGUAAAUGUUGAUCAAAAAAGCACAGUCUCUUUGAAUUUGUGCCUCAAGAUAAUGCAACAGUCUAUGCAUGUUGCAGUCAAAUCAAAGCCCACAGAUUGGACUAAUUUUUACUAUCUUUCCAAAAUUCAGCGGAAAUUGAAGAGAGAACCUCAACUUGUCUUGGAUACUCUCCACAUUGCUUGCAAGAUUGCACAUGAACAAUCGAAAUCUACUGACCAUAUUAUUGAGCCUCAUUAUACUAUCUGCUCCUUAGUGUAUAAAUAUGUGAAGAAUGAUCAGCUUAGUAUUAAAGAAGGAUUACAAUACUUGAGAGACGACCCUGUGAUAUCAUUACUGGAAGAUGAGAUUGCAACAGAGAAGUUAGAUUUCUACAGAUUAAUAAUUGCUUCUCUAAAGAAAGUUGACAACUACGAUAAAAAAAAUUGGCAGCAUAAACCUCGUUACAGACUUGCUACUAUUUUGUUCUAUGAGUUUGACGAUGUUGCAGAGGCACUUGAAGAGAUGUCUUCAUUCGUAUCCUUGAAAGCUACAAGCAAGACCCUAGUACUGAUAUGGAAACCAGAGCAAGAGCGCCCAGGAAAACAUUUCUACUACACUUUCCAGUACGCUAGUUUUUUCAUUGUAUUAUUGACGAAGAAAUUGGACUUAAUUAGUUUGAUCCUGAUGUUGCCAAAAUUGCGUAGGUCUAAUUCAACUAUGGUCAAAUUGUACACAUCGUGGGAGAGCCUUUGUUCAUCAAUUUGCAAAAUUAUUAGAGCGCUGCUUGAUAUCGACAAUAGUUUCACAUUUUCUGACAACUUCCUUCAGGCGCUUUCCUACCAAACGUUUAUGUUUAAUUCCAAGUCUUUUCUUGAUGCAAUGGAAGGGAAAGGAGUUCCCAAAGAGUUGGAAAUACACCUUUGCUACCUUCAUGCAAUUAAUGACAUGAAGAAGUUCAACAAUGGCUUUGGUCCUACUUCUUUAAUUGAUGAUACAAUAGUGGGUAUUUUUAUUAGAAUCUACUUGCAUCAUUUCCCUACUUUGGAGCCACCGGCAGCUACUAUUAGCACCGACUCGCCUGGUGGUAAGUCAAAAAAAUUGGCUAAAAGAGAUAUCUUUCCAUUCACUACCGACCUUCUCAAAAACCACAGGCGAGAAGUGGAAGCUAUAUUGAAGGAAAGACCAGAAAUUUAUAAUGACUACGUUGCGGAAUCAAUCGAGAAA